AUGGCCGAGAACCUGCCCUUAGGGGCGCACGUGGGGGCGCACCCCAGCCGCCUGUGGAUCUGGGACAAGGCGGUGUACAUGGAUGAGAAGCGGCGCACCUGGCUGCCCAUCGUCAUCAAGAGAGAGGGCAGACUGCAGGUGCUGCUGCGCCAGGAAGACGUCCCCCUGGGGGAAGCUGUGAACCCCAACCACCUGGCUCCUAACGUGCUGCCCUUCUUGUGGCAGCUCUACCCUGAAAGGAGAUACCGCGGCUCCGACUCCAGUUUCUGGCACAUCGUAUACCACAUCAAGUUCAACAGCACGGAGGACAUGCUCCUGGAACAGCUGCCACUCCUGGAAUGGCAAUGA